CUGGUGUGGUGCGAGGAGCGCCAAGCCGGGUCCGAGGGCCCGUUAGGGCCGCCAGCAACUGCUUUCAGCCACUGUGUGUGCGUCCGGAUCCUGGAGCCCAGCGGGGAAGCUAGCACCAGCCUGGGCCGCACGCACGUCCUGCUGCACCACUGCCCCGCUUUCGGGCUGCUGGCCUCCUGCAGACACCUCUUCCUGGUGCCCACUGCCACCACCUGGCCUGGCGUGGCCCACGUUCUACUCAUCUGGAGCCCAGGCAAGGGCAAAGUGAUGGUGGCUGCCCCACGGCUUGGCCUCUCCUACAGUAAGAGUCUGAAUCCUGGACGAGGGGACACGUGGGACUUCCGGACCCUGCUCCGAGGCCUUCCUGGGUUGCUGUCCCUCAGAGAGCCACUGGCUGUACACACCUGGGCCCCAACUCCCCACGGCCUGCUGUUGCUUGACUUUAGGGGCACUGUGAGCCUAGUGCAGUCCCACGGUGGUACCCGGGCAGUGGGCAUCCUGCAGGAGGCACCUGUAGGCCCGCGGGGGUCUGCAGCCCUAGGCACAUUUCAGGGCACUCUGGCCUGUGUGCUGGGCUCCACAUUGGAACUGCUGGACAUGGGCAGUGGGCAGCUGCUGGAGAGGAAGGUCCUAAGUACAGACAGGGUACAUCUGCUGGAACCGCCAGCCCCCGGCAUGGAGGAUGAGGAAGAACUGGAGACCCGAGGGAGCCUUCGUCUGCUUUCAGCCUUGGGUCUGUUUUGUGUGGGCUGGGAAGCCCCACAGGGUGUUGAGCUGCCUUCAGCCAAGGAUCUGGUGUUUGAGGAGGCUUGCGGGUACUACCAGCGGCGGAGCCUGCGGGGUGCCCAGCUCACUCCAGAAGAACUGAGACACAGCAGCACAUUCCGGGCACCUCAGGCCCUGGCCUCCAUCCUCCAGGGCCACCUGCCCCCAUCUACACUGCUGACCAUGUUGAGGACCGAGCUUCGGGAUUACCGAGGCUUAGAGCAGCUGAAGGCCCAGCUCGUGGCUGGCGAUGAUGAGGAGGCUGGUUGGACUGAGCUGGCGGAGCAGGAAGUGGCACGCCUGCUGAGGACCGAGUUGAUAGGAGACCAGCUGGCCCAGCUCAACACUGUUUUCCAGGCCCUUCCUACAGCAGCCUGGGGUGCCACCCUCAGGGCCCUGCAGCUCCAGCCAGAUGGGAAUGGCAAGCUGAGGUCCCAAGCACCCCCUGAUGUGUGGAAGAAAGUGUUAGGGGGAAUAACCGCUGUAAAGGAACCCCCCAAUGGGAUACUGCCCCCCUUUGAACUCCUCUGCCAAUGUCUGUGCCGGCUGGAGCCUCGAUGGCUGCCACCUUUUGUGGAGCUGGCUCAGCAGCAGGGUGGGCCGGGCUGGGGGGCAGGGGGCCCGGGACUGCCCCUGUAUCGCCGAGCCCUGGCAGUGCUAGGUGAGGAGGGGACCAGGCCUGAGGCUCUGGAGCUAGAGCUGCUCUUGAGCAGUGGGCGGCCCAAAGCUGUGCUCCAAGCUGUCCGGCAGCUGGUGCAAAAGGAGCAAUGGGAUCGGGCUCUGGAUGCAGGCCUGGCCCUCGGCCCCUCCAGUCCCUUGCUUCGAAGUGAAAUAUUCAAACUGCUGCUGGCCGAGUUUGCCCAGCACCGCCGGCUUGAUGCUCACCUCCCCCUCCUUUGCCGCCUGUGCCCACCAGAACUGGCUCCAGCUGAGCUCCUGCUUCUACUGAGGACAUACCUCCCAGAUGAGGUGGGGCCCCCUACCCCAUUUCCUGAGCCUGGAGCAGAGCCCCCUCUCACUGUGGGCUUACUCAAAGCCCUGCUGGAGCAGACUGGGACUCAAGGAUGGCCCUCAGGCCCAGUUCUAAGCCCAUAUGAAGACAUCCUAUGGGACCCUAGCACUCCACCCCCGACUCCACCUCGGGACCUAUGACUACCCUUCAGGCAUCAGAACACUCAGGACCUGGAGGCUUGCUUGGACAGGUCCUCUGUGUCACUGACACAGGAAAUCAUUUCUGGGACACAGUGAUCAGGGAAGGGUGCGUGGGACUUGGAGGGGCCCAUGGUGGACCUGUGUAUGCAAUAUUCUUCUGUCAUCUGGAGCUAUUUUUAAGAUAUGUGUGUGAAAUAUAUACAUAGUUUAAUAUAUA